UCUGUCUCCUAAUAACCUGAGGGACCCGGCAGUUCCCAGCGCAGAGGAGCUCCAACCACUGCACCUGUCAACUGUGUAUUAAAAACCAACCUGUUGGAGGCAACAGAAACGAAGGAUGUGAACUUUCUCCUGAGAUCUCAUUUGGUAAAACAAUUCACCGACCUUUCUGUGAGCCGAUAAAUGUUAAGCCACACCGACUUUCCGAAGCGAGCCGUUAACCACUAAAGAUCAGAAGUUAACUACAAAAUCAGAUUCUUAGAUGUGAUUCUGAAAAUUAUAUCUUAGGUCAUUGUUUUUGUAAAUGCAGAUCAAAACUUUGUCUGAUUGGCUCAAAAGAUAGGCCAUCUAAGCAAUCUAAGAAGUCUUCAACCAUGGCUACCAAUGCCACCAUGGAAGCAGCAGACUUUGUUGUUAUCGUAAUUUACUUCAUUGUGGUGCUUGGGAUCGGCUUCGUGGCAAUGCGAAAAUCCAACCGAGGCACGGUGAGCGGCUACUUCCUGGCURGUCGCUCCAUGAACUGGUUCACCGUGGGAGCGUCUCUCUUCGUCAGCAACAUUGGAACUGAGCAUUUCAUUGGACUUGCCGGGUCGGGGGCCGCUAGUGGGUUUAGCGUGGCUGCAUGGGAAUUCAACGCUCUACUGCUGCUUCAGUUACUGGGCUGGGUGUUCAUCCCUGUGUACAUUCACUGUCAAGUCUACACCAUGCCAGAGUACCUGUCCAAGCGAUUCGGAGGAAAGCGCCUGAAAGUGUAUUUUGCGGCUCUGACUCUUGUGCUUUACAUCUUCACCAAGUUGUCUGUAGACCUCUAUUCAGGAGCCUUGUUCAUCCAGGAAUCCUUAGGGUGGAACCUUUAUGUUUCCAUCAUCGUCCUCAUCGUCAUGACAGCUGCGCUGACGGUCACUGGAGGCCUGGUCGCUGUCAUYUACACAGACACAGUCCAAGCAAUUCUGAUGAUCGCCGGAGCGCUCUGUCUGACAGGCAUCGGCUUCGCCAAAGUCGGAGGCCUUGAAGGGCUAAAAGAAAAGUACAUGCAGKCCAGUCCAAACAUCACUGCCAUUCUUCUGUCUUCACCUAAUCUGACAUAUUCUGAAUCCUGUCAGCAUCAUCUCCACCCAAAACCAAAUGCUCUGAAAAUCCUGCGAGGCCCAAAAGAUCCAGAUCUGCCCUGGCCUGGUUUCUUGCUGGGUCAGACCCCUGCCUCAAUCUGGUACUGGUGUGCAGAUCAGGUGAUYGUACAACGAGUUCUGGCCGCAAAGAACAUUGUUCAUGCCAAAGGGUCGACCAUCAUGGCAGGCUUCCUCAAAACUCUCCCCAUGUUUAUCAUGGUCAUGCCAGGGAUGAUUUCCAGGGUCUUAUUCACUGACCAGUUGGCAUGCAUUGGCCCAGAGCACUGCAUGCAGGUGUGCGGUUCUGCCGCCGGCUGCAGCAACGUGGCGUACCCUCGCCUCGUCAUGUCGGUGAUGCCCGUCGGUCUUCGCGGGUUGAUGAUGGCGGCCAUGAUUGCUGCUUUGAUGAGCGACUUGGACUCUAUCUUCAACUCUGCGAGCACCAUAUUCACGUUGGAUAUUUACAAAAUGCUGCGAAAGGACGUGUCGCCCAAGGAGCUGGUGAUAACUGGCAGGCUUUUUGUCRUCGUUAUGGUGGCCCUCAGCAUUGCUUGGGUGCCAGUUGUCAUCGAAAUGCAAGGGGGGCAAAUGUUUUAUUACAUCCAAGAGGUGUCCGAUUAUUUAACGCCCCCUGUGGCGGCGCUGUUCCUGCUCGGUGUUCUGUGGCAGCGCUGCAACGAGACCGGUGCCUUUUGGGGUGGAGUGGUAGGCUCUGCUCUUGGCUCGCUGCGGUUGCUCUUGGCCGUAGUUUACAAAGAACCAUACUGCGGCMAGCCGGAUGAGCGACCGUCCUUCAUCAAACAAAUCCAUUUCAUGUAUGUGGCAGCCAUCUUGUUUUGGGUAUCGGCCAUAACGACUGUCAUUGUGAGUCUCUGCACACCUCCGCCGGAAAAACAGCUAAUCAGAACUACGACUCUGUGGGGGUUAAGGCAGAGAAUGAAGUUUAACAAACUAGCAACAGGUCAAGGUGAAGAAAACCUUAACAAAACAAACGCAACUGAAAAUGGAGGUGGUGGUGUUGGUGAAGAAACGCUCCAUACCGACCAAAAGAACCUCAGGAGCACUGAUGGUAGAGAUGAAAACACUCAAUCGACCAAUGGGAACAUAAUCCCAGCCCGAUCAUCACUACAGAAUGGCUCGUAUGAUGUGAUAGCUGAGCCUAUGCAGGAGGGCGAGGGAGAUGGGAGAGAAGUGAAGGAUGUGGAAGAGGGGAAGGAGUGCCAAUUGGGGGAAGGAGGAGACUCUGUGAAAGUUUGUGGGGGUAUUUGUGGCCGCCGGAAGAAAUCUUCGCAGACUCAGGUCAUCACAGCUCAGGAGCAGGAGAGGAUUGUAAAUAAGCUUCUUUAUGAACCUCCCAGAAUCCGAAUCAUACUAAACACAGCACUGGUACUGAUUUGUGUGAUUGGAAUCUUUCUUUAUUUGUAUUUCUCCUUAUAGACAGCAAAAAUUCUCUUAAAACGAGGUCCUGCUCCUAAAUUUUUUUCUUAUUUCCCCGAAUUUACGGUAAUUUUAUGRCACCAUGUUGCGGCAUACAGUGCACUUGCACCACUUCAGAUAAUAAUACUUCCAAGUCAUACUCAAAACUUUUUUAAAUGCUUCUCUGUCACGAUAUUGACUAAUAUUGGUUACUGUAUAUCGUGGAGUGCUGGCAGCUGGCCAGACACCAUCAGUGCUUCUUCUUUUUUAUUUUUUUAUUUUUUAUUGAAAAUAAUUGGUCUGUUUUGUCACAUGCGUCUGACAAAUGUGCGGUGCUCUUACAGCUCACAGCUAAAGCAAAUCAUUUAUUUUUAAAGAUUUACUGUACACAUUGUAAAAGCAUUUCAUUCAGGUACUGUGUCAUUUUCUAAGAACAGAUGUAAUAUCUGAUGAUCUGUAAGGUAUUUAUUGUGAAACAUCAUUGUGAACUGUAAUCCAGAUGACUGCUCUGUUUAUUUUGAACAUAAGUAGUUUGACUGGAUUCAGUGAAGCAGAGGAAAUGGAAAAUUUUGAAGGUUUUUGAUCAGAUGUUCUGACUGAGAUGGAUUAAACGGCAUCGAUGUGAA